AUGUACGUGAAAAGGUUUUCAAGAAAUUAUCAACUCAUGCUGAAAUGUCUAAGCGCAAAGACGGGGCCUAGUAUCCUGACAAUGUAUUUGCAAAAGAAUACGGGAGCAAACUGUCAAGAACUUAUAUUGUCCACUAACGAAGCGUUACUGGGGUACAGAUUUGUCCACAACUUUGUUUCUGCGGGGUCAAAAUCAAAUUUAUCUCUUUAUAAUAAUUCAAGUCUUUCUAUCGGAUCAGAAUUGUGGUGUGCUUUGCUGAAUUUAAGCCCUGGAUGCUCUACAACUUUAAGGUACUGCUCUCAUGCUACAAACACAGGGAAACCCUUAAUAUUCACUUUAUCCCUCAACCCGUUGUACGGGCAUGUUUCUUCUACCUAUUCCAUUAAAACCCAUGAAAAUUUGACCUUCUCUACCAAGUAUGAUUUCAAUAUUUACUCCAUUCAAUCUAAUCUAACCCUAGGUAUGGAGCUUUGGAAAUAUAGAUUCGGCCAGAGGGGAAAAAAUGUACAACAGCAGGAACAAGAUCAAUUGGGAUCAGAACAGGCUCUAGCUUCGGAAAGCAUAGAUGACUGGUCCCAGAUAACAACACACGACAAAACCCCGAUGUACUACCAUCUCUUGAGCCAAACAGAAAAAUCAUCUCAUUCAUCACAAAAACUCCUACAAGACCUAAACCUGACUUUUCAAUCUUCUUUACAAAAAAUUGACAAAGAACGCGAAGUCAUCGAAAGCUUUAAUGACAGGUAUAAUGAAGCUGACUUUACCCAAGUCUUCAAAGCGAGUACGUCGCUGCGUGAUAGAAGCUUGCGCUUUCUUUGGGAAGGAAAAAUCAAGGGCUUUUUAAUUUCUGCAGGUGUAGAACUUACUCAACCGCCAGAAAUUGCGAUCAAUGGACUAGAUUCCUUGGAACAUCAGAAUUGGACGUUAAUCAGCCCCUCAAAGUUUGGUAUUCAACUCCAAUACUCUGCCUAG